AUGCGGCGCUGUGAACUGGCCUUCACCGAGACCACAGCUGCAAGGGGGAGGAUAGGGGGCAAUGCCCAGGUGUGUGUGUGUGUGUGUGUGUGUGUGUGUGCGCGUGACUGUGUGUCUGUGUAUGCCUCUAUGCAUGUUCUGUGCGUGUGUGAGUAUAGGUAAUGGGUUUUGAUGAUCCGGUGAUGUAUACACUGUGGGAGCCAGUGCAAAUAUUUUACACAAUCCCGUUGUCUGAAGAUAAGCUUAGUCUUUCAUCCCCUCCUCUCUCAUAUCUUCAUCAAGUUGGUGAACCCACAACCGGUCAUACUGUACAUGAAAGAGUUCUCAGGGUGCAUCGCAAAUAACACCCUAUUCCUUAUGUAGUGCACUACCAGCUCAAAAGUAGUGCACUAAAUAGGGAAUAAGGUGCCAUUUUGGACGCACCCUCACUGUUCAGUUUGGCACAACGUUCGGCUGUUUGUUGAAAGUUCUGAGAACCUGCUCGGAUUCACUGGUGAUAAACGAGAGGCCAAAUGAAAAACUAGUCUUCGCCUCUUCUCUUUGGUCAUCCCAUCUGUGUGUGUUAUUAGGAGAUUAUUUGAAAGAUAAUGGGUGCGUCUCGAUAUUCCUUUCCCUUUCCUUUUCCCCAAGGGGUAUGUGGGAAGAUAAUAAAACAUUUUAGGAAAAAAAUAUAGGGACAAAUAUUACCCCCCAAAAUAUGUUCAAGUUAUUUCAAUCUUGGACCUCCCGAGUGGCACAGCGGUCUAAGGCACUGCAUCGCAGUGUUGAGGCGUCACAGCCGGCCAUGACCGGGAGUCCCAUAGGGCGGCGUGCAAUUGGCCCAGCGUCGUCCGGGUUAGGGGAGGGUUUGGCCGGGGGGCUUUCCUUGGCUCAUCGUGUUCUAGUGACUCCUUAUGGCGGGCCGGGCACCUGCAAGCUGACUUCAGUUAUCAAUUGAACAGUGUUUCCUCUGAAACAUUGGUGCGGCUGGCUUCCAGGUUAAGCGAGCGGGUGUUAAGAAGCAGCAUGGCAUGGCGGGUCAUGGCUCGCCCUUCACCUCUACAGAGCCCAUUGGGGAGUUGCAGCGAUGAGACAAGAUUGAAUUGCAAUUUGAUAUCACGAAAAAAUAUACAAAGAAAACGUUUUUUUUUUCAAUCUUAAUAGGCAGGAAAACAUUUACUGAGGCCACUGGUGUGAAAUCUCUAGUUAUUUUAUAUUUAUAGGCCUACUUUUUUACUUUAGUUUCAGUGCGUGUGCAUUGCUCUGUCUACCUGUCCUCUGCCCACCCAACACGCUAGAGUGCCUGCUAGUGUUAUCCUCACUGAAACUAUGAUUGAUAAAACAGCAGCUGAUGCACUGAAGACUGUAUCAUUGUCAAAUAACACAGUGUGCCGUAGGAUCAAUGACAUGGGCGUUAACAUUGUUAAUCGAGUGGUGAAAAUAUUUAAAUCAUUCUGGUCCAUUUUGUCACGAUCGUCUAGGAGUGAAGGAGACCAAAGCGCAGCGCGUUGAACGAACAUGACUUUAAUUAGAAAAAGCACCGAAAUACAAAACAAAAGACGACUCGUGAAGUCCACAGUACAACGACUGAAACACGGAACAAUAACCCACAAACCCCACAGGAAAACAUACAGAAAUAAAUAUGGCUCCCAAUCAGAGAUAACGAGCCGACAGCUGACACUCGUUACCUCCGAUUGGGAGUCAUUGACCAAACCUAGAAAUACAACACUUUGACACCCAACAUAGAACAAAACCACAUAGACUGCACACACCCUGGCUCAACAUAAUGAGUCCCAGAACCAGGGUGUGACAGUACCCCCCCCUAAAGGCGCGGACUGCGACCGCGCCUCAAAACCCCCAAACAGGGGAGGGCUGGGCGGGCAUACCUCCUCGGUGGCGGUUCUGGCUCCGGCCUAGACCACCACCCCACCAUAGUCACUACCCGCUUACGUAGGUUCCUCCAAAUGACCCCCACCGGUUUAAGGGGCAGCACCGGACUAAGAGGCAGCACCGGACUAAGGGGCAGCACCGGACUAAGGGGCAGCACCGGACUAAGGGGCAGCACCGGACUAAGGGGCAGCACCGGACUAAGGGGCAGCACCAGGAUAAGGGGCAGCACCUGACUCAAUGGCGGAUCCUGGCUGGACGGCUCUGGCGGAUCCUGGCUGAACGGCUCAUGGCUGGCUGAAGGAUCUGGCUGCUCAUGGCUGGCUGACGGAUCUGGCUGCUCAUGGCUGGCUGACGGAUCUGGCUGCUCAUGGCUGGCUGACGGAUCUGGCUGCUCAUGGCUGGCCGACGGAUCUGGCUGAUCCGGUCUGGCCGAAGGCUCUGGCUGAUCCUGUCUGGCGGAAGGCUCUGGCUGAUCCGGUCUGGCGGAAGGCUCUGGCUGAUCCGGUCUGGCGGAAGGCUCUGGCUGAUCCGGUCUGGCCGAAGGCUCUGGCUGAUCCUGUCUGGCGGAAGGCUCUGGCUGAUCCUGUCUGGCGGAAGGCUCUGGCUGAUCCGGUCUGGCGGACGGCUCUGGCUGAUCCUGUCUGGCGGAAGGCUCUGGCUGAUCCUGUCUGGCGGAAGGCUCUGGCUGAUCCUGUCUGGCGGAAGGCUCUGGCUGAUCCUGUCUGGCGGAAGGCUCUGGCUGAUCCGGUCUGGCGGAAGGCUCUGGCUGAUCCUGUCUGGCGGAGAGCUCUAGCGGCUCCGGUCUGGCGGACGGCUCUGAAGGCUCAUGGCAGACGGGCGGCUUUGCAGGCUCAGUACAGACGGGCAGUUCAGACGGCGUUGGGCAGACGGACAGUUCAGACGGCGUUGGGCAGACGGGCAGUUCAGGCGCCGUUGGGCAGACGGGCAGUUCAGACGGCGUUGGGCAGACGGACAGUUCAGGCGCCGUUGGGCAGACGGGCCGUUCAGACGGCGUUGGGCAGACGGACAGUUCAGGCCCCGUUGGGCAGACGGCCGACUCUGGCCGUCUGAGGCGCAUCGUAGGCCUGGUGCGUGGUGCCGGAACAGGAGGUACCGGGCUGAGGACACGCAUCUCAGGGCUAGUGCGGGAAGCAACAACAGGACGCACAGGACUCUGGGGACACACAGGAGGCUUGGGGCGUGGUGUAUGCACUGGUGGUAAAGGGCUGGAGACACGCACCAUCGAGCCAGUGCGUGGAGGAGACACAGGGCUCUGAAGACGCACAGGAAACCUGGUGCGUGGUGUAGGUACUGGUGGUACUGGGCUGGAGCGAGGAGGUGGCGCCGGAAAUACCGGCCCGUGCAGGCGUACUGGCUCCCUUGAGCACUGAGCCUGCCCAACCUUACCUGGGUUGAUGCUCCCCGUCGCCCGACCAGUACGGGGAGGUGGAAUAACCCGCACCGGCCUAUGUGGGCGAACCGGGAACACCAUGCGUAAGGCUGGUGCCAUGUACGCCGGCCCGAGGAGACGCACUGGUGACCUGCUGCGUGGGACCGGCUUCAUGACAUCCGGCUCAACACUCAAUCUGGCCCGGCCGAUACGUGGAGCUGGACUGUACCGAACCGGGCUAUGCCUGCGUACAGGAGACACCAUGCGCUCAACUGCGUAACACGGUGUCUGCCCGUACUCUCGCUCUCCACGGUCAGUCCAGGGAGUAGGCGCAGGUCUCCUACCUGACUUCGCCACACUCCCUCUUAGCCCCCCCCCAAGAAAUUCUUGGGUAGUACCCACAGGCUUCCAGUCUUGCCUCCGUGCUGCCUCCUCAUAUCGCCGCCUCUCGGCUUUAGCUGCCUCCAGCUCUUCCCGAGGACGGCGAUAUUCUCCCGGUUGUGCCCAAGGUCCCUUACCAUCCAGAAUCUCCUCCCAUGUCCAUGAAUCCUUUAUGGGUGGAUAUAAAUCCUGUGUAGGUGGAUCCUGUUGCUCCUGGACGCGCUGCUUGGACUUUCUUUGGUGGGUUAUUCUGUCACGAUCGUCUAGGAGUGAAGGAGACCAAAGCGCAGCGCGUUGAACGAACAUGACUUUAAUUAGAAAAAGCACCGAAAUACAAAACAAAAGACGACUCGUGAAGUCCACAGUACAACGACUGAAACACGGAACAAUAACCCACAAACCCCACAGGAAAACAUACAGAAAUAAAUAUGGCUCCCAAUCAGAGAUAACGAGCCGACAGCUGACACUCGUUACCUCCGAUUGGGAGUCAUUGACCAAACCUAGAAAUACAACACUUUGACACCCAACAUAGAACAAAACCACAUAGACUGCACACACCCUGGCUCAACAUAAUGAGUCCCAGAACCAGGGUGUGACACAUUUUCUCUGCAGCUGGACGAAUCAACUGAUGUCAGUAGGGAAGCCCAGUUGAUUGCGUUUGUGCAAUACAGAGACAUUUUGGAAAUUAAUGAGCACAUUCUGUUCUGCAAGAAGCUAACGGGGAGAACUACAGGUCAGGAUGUGUUUCACGUUAUUGACAAUUUUUUCUCAGAGCACAAUCUGGAUUGGAAAUCCUGUGUUCAUGUGCGCACGGAUCAUGCUGCAUCAAUGCCUGGGAGAGUGAAAGAAUGAAUUGCCCAGAUAAAGAAGGUAAAUCCCAUUGUAUCAUUCACAGAGAGGCAUUGGCCAGCAACAAAAUGAGUCCUGAGUUACAUUAUGUUUUGAAUGACGCAGUGAAAGUGAUUAACUUUAUCCAUCCAGUCCAGACCUCUGAAUCACCGACUGUUUGAAAGGCUCUGUGAUGACAGUGGGACUGAGUACCAGCCUCUACUGCUUAACAUGACGUCCGUUGGCUAUCUAGAGUGAAAACGCUACAGAGGCUUUUUGAGCAGCGAGCUCAAAAUAAUUUUCUGUCUAAGCACUCACACACCUCCUAGUGGCUGUGUUGGAGGACACAGACUGGGGAGUCCGCCGUGCCUAUCUUGCUGAUGUGUUCAGCAAACUGAACAACCUGAAUCUAACUCUGCAAGUUAAAGACACACACAUUCUAAACAUGUAUGACAAAGUGUGUGGAUUCAUGAAGAUGAUCAAACUCUGGGAGAGGAUAUGUGAAGAUGGGGAUAUAAGUUGUUUCCAGCAGCUUGACACCUACAGUAGGCGACCUUUCUACAGAUGAUGUUGACACUCCUAUUGUGCAAAUAGUAAGCUCACAUUUAUCCAAACUCAACAGUGAGUUCAACUCCUACUUCCCUGACAUUGAAAACAAGUCUGCCAAACUUGACUGGGUGCGUAAACUUAAUUUCUGUCAAAUGUACACCUAAUUUAGGAAUUAUGCCGGUCGCAGGCGCAUGAGGGGGUACUUCAGGCAGGUCAAAGUGUUUUAGAGGUACAGUAACCAAAAAAGGUUGGGAACCACUGACGUAGAGGACACGAGGACAGGACACUUGGUUAUACUGGGUGUGCAGGCUUUUGCUGCUGCCUGGUUCUACUACACUACAACCUGGUUCUACUACACUACAGCCUGGAUCUACUACAAUACAGCCUGGUUCUACUACACUACAGCCUGGUUCUACUACAAUACAACCUGGUUCUACUACACUACAGCCUGGUUCUACUACAAUACAGCCUGGUUCUACUACACUACAACCUGGUUCUACUACAAUACAGCCUGGUUCUACUACACUACAGCCUGGUUCUUCUACAAUACAGCCUGGUUCUACUACAAUACAGCCUGGUUCUACUACAAUACAACCUGGUUCUACUACACUACAGCCUGGUUCUACUACAAUACAGCCUGGUUCUACUACACUACAACCUGGUUCUACUACAAUACAGCCUGGUUCUACUACAAUACAGCCUGGUUCUACUACAAUACAGCCUGGUUCUACUACACUACAGCCUGGUUCUACUACACUACAGCCUGGUUCUACUACACUACAACCUGGUUCUACUACACUACAGCCUGGUUCUACUACACUACAACCUGGUUCUACUACACUACAGCCUGGUUCUACUACAAUACAGCCUGGUUCUACUACACUACAGCCUGGUUCUACUACACUACAACCUGGUUCUACUACACUACAACCUGGUUCUACUACAGCCUGGUUCUACUACACUACAGCCUGGUUCUACUACACUACAACCUGGUUCUACUACAGCCUGGUUCUACUACACUACAACCUGGUUCUACUACACUACAGCCUGGUUCUACUACACUACAACCUGGUUCUACUACACUACAGCCUGGUUCUACUACACUACAGCCUGGUUCUACUACACUACAGCCUGGUUCUACUACACUACAACCUGGUUCUACUACUACCCUGGUUCUACUACACUACAGCCUGGUUCUACUACAAGACACCUGAUUAUUCUACUCAGCAGCUCAUCAAGAGCACAACCAAUCAAAUCCCCACCUGGUGCAGUCUCUCCUGGGCUAUGGGAAGUGCAGACGUGACUUCGGUCCAGGUUUGCUCCAGCUGUGCUAGCUGUCUGCGCAGGCACGGUGCAUCAGCCUCCUUCAGCUGCAGUAGUAAUGUGCCCGCCCUGAGCGCAGAGGCCUUUUCAGCUGACUUGGUUUCCAGCUCCACUGAAAACUCCUGUAAAAAAACUAAACGUCAAAUCAAAGAGCUCCCAUUCCCGAAAUUUCACACAAAAUUCACACAUUCAGUUUGCAAUUCUAACAUUUUCCAUGGCAUUUGUAAUGUAUUUAGGAACCAAAAAUUCACUCAAAACUAGCUUUUCAGGUGUUUGUGAAAGAAAAGACAAAUGGACUGCAUUUUUAACAUGUUACAAUAAAAUUGGUUAUACAAUAAAAGUUGUUAUUCUAUAUUUACUGUAUAUCCAUACAUUUCGGGUAGGAUCUGGAUGACAAUGAUUAUUUACUACUUUGAGCUACAAAACGUGUCAUCUGAAGUUUUUUUUCCUAACUAUUUUACCAGUAGUUGGAUGAGGUAAAUACGGGUGAGCUCCUCGUCUUGAGGUGUGGCGUCGGGCAGACUUGUCCAUGUCUUCAGGCGUUCUUUAGCACUGCCCAUCCACCCAGUGAGUGAGACAGAGUCUUUGUGGAACCUACAAGAGGGAAAACAGGGUUCAAACAGGGUUCGAUGUUUCCUUAUGCAAAGCAGUCUACAUUUAUAGUGCCUUCAGAAAGUAAUCACACACCCUUUACUUUUUUGUUGUGUUACAAAGUGGGAUUAAAAUGGAUAUCAUUGUAAUUUUUUUGUCAACGAUCUACACAAAAUACUCUGAAAUGUCAAAGUGGAAGGAAAAUUCAUUUUUUGUUUUAAUUAAUGGAAAAUAAAUCACUAAUAUUUCUUCAAUAGAUAAGUAUUCAACCCCCUGAGUCAAUACAUGUUAGAAUCACCUUUGGCAGCACUUACAGCUGUGAGUCUUUCUGGGUAAGUCUCUAAGAGCUUUGCACACCUGGAUUGUACAAUAUUUGUCAAGUUGGUUGCUGAUCAUUGCUAAACAGCAAUUUUCAAGUCUUGGCAUAGAUUUUCAGGUUUCCUUCUUUUCUCUCUGUCAUUUAGGUUAGUAUUGUGGAGUAACUACAAUGUUGUUGAUCCAUCCUCAGUUAUCUCCUAUCACAGCCAUUAUACUUGGUAACUGUUUUAAAAUCUCCAUUGGCCUCAUGGUGAAAUUCCUGAGCAGUUUCCUUCCUCUCCGGCAACUGAUUUAGGAAGGGCGCCUGUACCUUUGUAGUGACUGGAUGUAUUGAUACACCAUCCAAAGUGUAAUUAAUAACUGCACCAUGCUCAAAGGGAUAUUCAAUGUCUGCUUUUUUUUACCCCUCUACCAACAGGUGCCCUUCUUUGCGAACCAUAGGAAAAACUCCCUGGUCUUUGUGGUUGAAUAUGCGCUUGAAAUUCAAUGCUCGACUUAGGGACCUUACAGAUAAUUUUUUGUGUGGGGUACAGAGAUGGGGUAGUAAUUUAAAGUCAUGUUAAACACUAUUAUUGCACACAGAGUGAGUCCAUGCAACUUAUUAUGUGAAUUGGUAUGCACAUUUUUAAUCAAGACAUUUCAGCUUUUCAUUUUUUAUUAAUUUGUAAACAUUUCUAAAAACAUAAUUCCACUUUGACAUUAUGGGAUAUUGUGUGUAGGCCAGUGACACAAAAUGUCAAUUUAAUCAAUUUUAAAUUCAGGCUGUAACGCAACAGUCAAGGGGUGUGAAUACUUUCUGAAGGCACUGUAAGUGUUAGCCAAAGCUGUGUUGUGUGUGUGUGUCCCUGCCUAUCUUCCAAAAACCCUGUCUGUGUGUGCCCACCUGUUCCAGUUGUCCCUGAUGUCACAGCUGCGUUGGCUCUCCUGCUCUGCCUUGCCGCGGAUGGCCCGCCAGCGCAGCUCCAGGACGCCCCCUGUGCCGCCAACCCCGGUACUGCAUCCCCAGGCCUGCAGAGCCUUCUCCUGGUCCAGGACCGAGCCUAG